AUGGGGCAUAGAAAUUACAACAGAGACCUCUCUCAACAGGCGCAGAUGACAUUCACGUCGAGCGCCUGGCCAGGUUGGAGUCCACCAUCAAAGGGAUGCGUGAAUUCCUGGUGCGACCAUACCCAGGUCGUCCUUGUCCUGGCUAUGAACAAGCGAGUUCUAGCGGUCCUUGUCAAGGCCAACCCUGCUGACUGCAAAUCAGCGCCCAAGCUGCGUUGCCUCCUGGACAACCCGUCGGGACUGGCGGCCGGUGCUCAUGACGUCCUUUGGUGCUUUGUGGCAGCCCUGCAAAUGGGUCGCACGCUGAUUCUCAACAGCACGCCGUGGCACUAUACUCCAAAUGACAGGGGCUGGACAGAGGUGCUCCAACCCGUCGCCGGGCCUUCCUGCGAGAAUGCUGGCUCCCAAAACAUGGUAGUCGACGGCUACCCCGGACACGAAUGGGGCCUGAAGACGAGAAGUCGGAUGCGGGAUCUACCCGCGUCAUUUGCGAAGGACUUGGUGGCAAACCACGGUGAACCUUACGCCUGGUGGUACGGCCAGAUCUUGGCUUACAUUUUCCGGCUACAGAACUCGACACGCAAGCUUAUAGAAGAUUUCAAGAUGAAAAAUGACUACAAGCAUCCUAUAGUAGCCAUACAUAUUCGGCGCACGGACAAGAAGGAGGAAGCAGCCUUCCAUGACGUGACCGAGUACAUGCAGCACGCUGAAGAGUUCUACAGCUCCCUGGCGCUCAGGGGCCAGCAAGUCCAGAAGCGUGUGUUCAUCGCUACUGAUGACCCCGAAGUCAUUACUGAGAUAAUACAGAA